AUGAGGUCUUGCAAGCAGCACUUAACCGCCCGCCCCGCUGUGUGCUGCAUCUCUGGCGCGACAUCGGUGGCCAAUCGUGCAGCAGGUUCCGGCCGUUUAUGCCGUUGUCGGGUGUUCGUGGUUGGUGUCUUGGUUCUUGGCUGGCACGGCUCAAGGCACGGCUGGCUUGCCACGCUACCCGUCGCCCUCGCCCUUAUCUUCGCCGCACCGACCGUUAACAGCGCUGGGAUCCAACCAUCUUUCUACGAACGCGAGGCCCGCACCGAACCCGCCGGCCAUGUCUUCCCGUUCCUGAGAUGGCUACGCGAUAGCGCUGUGGAGGUCGUCUUCGGCAAACCAUCGACGAGGACAAAGGUCCCGGCGCCUGGUGCGCAGCUGCAAUCUAGGUAUUCGAAUGAUGUCGUGGUGCGCUUCAAUGUCACCAAUUCUGAGGAGGAGGGCGCGCUCGCGCAGGCGAUCGAUCAGAUGUUUCUCGACGUUUGGGCCUUUACGCCAGAAUAUGUCGAUGUCAGGUUAGACAAGGGCGACGUGUUGGGACUCCUUGGUUUGCUGCCCAAGUCGUUGGAACCGUCGAUACUGGUCCAGGAUGUCGCCGCGGCAGUGUGGGCGACCUACCCCUCAGCGUCGGCCAAGAAACCCCGGAUCGAGUCAAGCAUGGUUAAUGCUGCGAAACUGAAGACGUCGCUGGACGGAGUGGGGAAUAUCUUUUUCCAGAACUACCAGACUUUGGCUGUGAUCACGAGUUGGAUGCGCUUAUUAGAGGCCAUGUUUCCGUCCAUCGCGAGCAUGACUAGCAUUGGCAAGUCGUACGAAGGUAGGGACGUUUAUGCCUUACGAGUCGGGGCUCGUAGCAGCGACAACGAAGACAAGGGGCCGAGGAAGACCAUUCUCAUUACCGGAGGUCUCCAUGGUCGCGAAUGGAUCUCGACGAGCUCCGUGAGCUAUCUUUUGUGGUCGGUUAUCACGUCAUACAACAACGAGCCGAUGAUCACCAAACUUCUUGAACACUUCGACAUCGUGUUCAUCCCGGUUCUCAACCCAGACGGCUACGAAUACACUUGGCAGACGGACCGUCUCUGGCGCAAGUCAAGGCAAGUGACCAAGAUGCGCUUCUGCCGCGGACUCGAUCUCGACCAUGCUUUCGGCCACGGGUGGGACGCCUCCCAACACCAAACCGACCCUUGCUCAGAGAGCUACGGCGGGGACCAGCCUUUCCAAGCCGUUGAGGCGUCUGAGCUGGCGAAAUGGGCCCGAAACGAGACGGAACACGGGGCCAAAUUUGUCGCCUUUCUUGACCUACACUCCUACUCACAACAGGUGCUCUUCCCGUACGCGUAUACCUGCUCCAUCGACCCACCCAACCGCGAGAACCUUGAGGAGCUUGCUGUGGGGCUGGCCAAGGCGAUUCGGCUUUCGAGCGGAGAGCCGUACACCGUCACCUCGGCGUGCGAGGGGGCCGUUGCUCGGACAUAUAGUGCGAGCAACUCGCUUCCGCGUAUCGAGGCGGGUGGCGGCGCAGCCAUCGACUGGUUCUAUCACGAACUCCAAGCACGGUAUAGCUACCAAAUCAAGCUACGAGACACCGGGAGCUAUGGUUUCUUAGUACCCACUGACAACAUUGUCCCUACCGGUGAGGAGAUGUUGAACGCUUUGAAGUACCUCGGCGAUUAUCUCCUCGGGAACAACGGAAUAGAGAUGUCUUUCCCACAGGAAACAUCGGAUCGGUGGGGAGAUCUUAGAAAACGGAGACGGUGA